AUGCAGUUGCUUCCCAUGGAAGCAAAGCCCAAUAACACCUUUCCUCCGAAUUUUUGUGUGCUUAAAGUGAAUAUUAAUUGUUGCAAGGCAUGUCCUGCGAAACUGAGGAAAAAGUUGCAUAAGAUCUUCGGAGUGAGUUCCAUCACCGUAGAUGAAGAAAAAGGACAAGUAAUUGGUAAAGGGAAGGUAGACCCAGCCAAGCUCCUUGAGGCAAUAAGAAACAUUGUGAAAAAGAAGGCAGAGAUUUUGCAAUAUGUAAAGGAAUCCCCUUACAGUGCCCGUGAAGAUUAUCCAGUGAAAAACAUUUGGAAAACAAACGUUUUGUCUGGUGAAACGCAUGAAGAUGAUUAUGGGAAGGUAAAUCCAGGUAAACUCGUGGAUCCAGUAAAAAAGGUAAUUGGGAAAACAAAUAGUUUGUCUGGUGAAAAGCAUGGAGAUGAUUCUGGAAUAGUUUGUUAA